GCAGCUGGCUGGAGGCGCACUUUGGCCUAUAAAUAACAGGAAAGAGCUGUUCGCAGCCCAGUCAGAGAGGGGACCACAAGAGCAACACCAGCUGUGCAGGGGAUAUACAGAUCGUUUAAGUGCAGCAGACAUGGAUGUGAUCUUUGGUAGAAAUAAAGAGGAGCACCCAGAGCCUAUAAAAGCAGAGGUGAAAGGUGAGCUACCAAGCUGGCUGCAGGGGAUUCUUCUUCGCAAUGGCCCAGGCAUGCAUACAGUGGGGGAAACCAAAUAUAACCACUGGUUUGAUGGCUUGGCUCUGGUGCACAGUUUUACAUUUAAAAAUGGCGAAGUUUACUACAGAAGUAAAUACCUCCGCAGUGACACAUAUAAUUGCAAUAUAGAAGCAAACAGAAUUGUGGUGUCAGAGUUUGGAACUAUGGCUUAUCCAGAUCCAUGCAAAAACCUAUUUGCCAAGGCAUUCUGCUACUUGUCCCACACCAUUCCUGAGUUCACAGACAACUGCCUGAUCAAUAUUAUGAAAACUGGUGAGGAUUAUUAUGCUACAAGCGAGACUAAUUUCAUUAGGAAAAUUAAUCCUCACACUCUGGAGACAUUAGAGAAGGUUGACUACAAUAAAUAUGUAGCGGUGAGCCUGGCGACUUCUCAUCCCCAUUAUGACAGCGCUGGAAAUGUUCUCAAUAUGGGCACCUCUAUCGUUGAUAAGGGGAAGACAAAAUAUGUUAUUUUUAAGAUUCCUUCCUCAGUGCCAGAGAAUGAAAAGAAGAAAUCCUGUCUCAAACACCUGGAAGUGUUGUGCUCUAUCCCUUCCCAGUCUCUCCUUCACCCAAGCUACUAUCACAGUUUUGGAGUUACAGAAAAUUAUAUCAUCUUCAUAGAGCAGCCAUUCAAACUGGACAUUCUCAAGUUGGCAACUGCCUACUUCAGAGGUGUCAACUGGGCGUCCUGCCUUUCUUUCCAUAAAGAAGAUAAGACUUGGAUUCACCUCAUAGACAAAAAGACCAAAAAGGAUAUAUCCGCCAAGAUUUAUACAGAUGCCAUGGUCCUUUUUCACCAUGUGAAUGCUUAUGAGGAGGACGGCCAUGUUGUUGUUGAUGUAAUUUCCUAUCCAGACAAUAGUCUAUAUCAAAUGUUCUAUUUAAAAAACCUGAAUGAAGAAUUGGAGAAAAACACCAAACUCACUGCCAUACCAGCCUGCAAGCGAUUUGUGGUUCCUCUGGGGUUUGACAAGGGUGCAGAAGUAGGUACUAAUUUAGUCAAACUUCCAUCAACUACUGCAACUGCUCUGAAAGAAAAAGAUGGAAACAUCUAUUGUCAGCCUGAAAUGUUAUGUGAAGGAAUAGAGCUGCCUCGCAUUAACUAUGAUUAUAAUGGCAAAAAAUACAGAUAUAUCUAUGCAACAGAAGUUCGGUGGAGUCCAGUUCCCACAAAGAUAGCAAAAGUUGAUGUUCUGACAAAGAAAAAGCUCAGCUGGGAGGAGGAGCACUGCUGGCCAGCCGAGCCUAUCUUUGUUCCCAGUCCUGAUUUAAAAGAAGAGGAUGAUGGUCUUAUUUUAUCCUCCAUUGUGACAUCAGAUCCCAGGAAAGCACCUUUCCUGCUCGUCUUGGAUGCUAAAACAUUCACAGAGAUGGCUCGGGCCACAGUUAAUGUAGACUUGCAUCUGGACCUGCAUGGAGUCUUCAUACCAGAGAAGGAUUUGAACACAGAGCGUGAAUAGAAGUCUCUUCCUCUUACUAUGUGAACAUUAAAAUGUGACAACCCACCUAACUGACCCUAAGGAAAUACCCCUUUUGUCAUUUGUGAAUCACCUUAUGUCAGGGCAAAGAAUAACCAAAUACUACAUCUAUAAAGUUACUUUUCAUUACAAAUAAUAGUGAUAUGCACAACAGGCAAGUAACUAUUGCAAAAAAGCAACAUUUAACAGAAUACAAUCAAAGGUUACAUUCUGAACACUCCUCUCUCUUACACAUUACAAGUUGUAUACACUAUUUGCAGUGAGCUGUGUUUUAUUCCAUAUGUCACUGACUGACUAUACUGAGGUACUGUAUUUACAAUAUGGCAUACAGCAUGAGUCAGGCUUGCCCAGUUUGUAUAACUUUCAUGGAUUGUUUCAAGACAGCAUAUGAUCAAAAUUCUCUCUCUCUCGCCUGUCAGAAAUCCUGAUAUUUUUAAGUAUGAGCUACGGCAGUAAUGAUUCAUAGAAAUCUGUUUCUUUGGUGCUUGAUUUCUAAAGCUCCACUAAGACCAAAGCGAAAUGUCUAAAGUAUUGCAGCUUUUUGAUCAGGAGCCUAGAAAACUUCUGCAGUAUGAAUCAUUUUGUGGCAUUAAAAAAAAGGGAGCGGGUGGUGUCCUUUGUGGAAGAAACUGAAGCUUAAAUAACAAUUUCAAAUGGAACAUAUGCUUUUAUUAACACUUAAUUAUAUUUUAAUGAUAUUUAAAUUAAUCUUUACCUUUGCACUGUAAUUGUUUUCCCUUAGGAAUAUCUGAUUUGGCAUUUAACUACAUUGUCUCAAAGAUAAAUGGUGAUUUGUCUCUUUA